GAAUUCCUGCUGCGCCACAGCUCUGGGCGGUUCCCUCCUCCCUGGCCUAGGCCUAGGCCCAGACCUUGCUGGAAGGUACUGGAGGCCGGGCCUUGUUUACUUCCCUCCCUUCAGCACGUUGGAAGCCACACGUCGGCAAGGCGGGAGGGGAGGCGCGGCUUGGCUGGGCUGGGCUCCGGGGGAGCGCACCAUCGCCGCUCCCGAGCCCGCCCCAGGGGAGCGAUUCAAACAGGCUUCCGACGCAGGCUUGUUUCUGUUCGCCUUCCUCCCUGUCCGUCUUCCACAUGAAGCCGCUGCUGCAGAGUAGGGCGCCGUACAUAAAUAAAUGCACAGAAGCAUUCGUCUCCACAGGCAAAAGGCACCUGCGUUUAAAAACAUGAACCUCUAAGACUCAAAAUCCACAAAAUCUUACAUUACACUCGUAUGGGACAAUUAUCACCUGGAUGCUUCAUAAAGCUGGCCUUUAUCACAGAGUGCAACAACACUGCAAUAAACAAAACACUUUUGGACAGCGAAAAUGAAGAGACCAAUUUCCUGCACCUGCCUAUGGAAGCAGUAUGUAUGAAUGAAACUGGGACUCCAUCAUGUCCUUUGUCUCAAGCAGUAAAAUAUCCUGGGCCAGCUCUGAAGAACUGCUACAGCAAAGAUCAUACAAUCUUUUAAAAACUUCAUUUCUCAUAGAUUUCUCACCUCAUCCCCAUCCACUGAUAUCCAACCUAUGCAAAAUGCCUUAUUCUCUGCUGUAGUCAAGGAAAAAAAGUAUGUUUAUAGACACAGCCUUUGGUUCUGCUAAUACAAAUGAAAAAGCCUCCCACAAAUAAAAGUUCCUGUCGGCACAGGAAUCACUGUUUACUUGGCACAUAUCAAAGAGCAUUCAGGUGGUACUGGACGCAAACCACAACAGUGCAAACAAUGCUGGCAGCACAUUUGUAUCCAAUAACAUUAGUCUCAAUGCUGAACUAAGAGCCACUUCAGUAUGACUUUGUCAAUGGAAUAUGACGCAAUUGUAAACAGAAAAGGAGAAAGGUCUCCCCUGUGGAUGAGAGUGUAUACAAGCUUUCCCCAGCCGGCUGUCCUUUGGAUGUGUGGGACUGCAGUUCCCAUCAUUCCCAGCCAGCAUGACAAAUGCUGCAUGUCAUCAUCUCACACCUGCUAAGUGACACAUGAAAAGAACAGCAUUUACCAAGCCUGAAUUAGUCAUCACAGUGGAAAUCUACACCAGGUUGGAAUUUGGGUGGACCACAUGAAAAGGUGUCUGAAUGGUGAUAAGUAGGCCUAGAAUUUCAGAAGACCUAAAAAUAGGUUUUGCAAUCUCAGAUCAUGCUACUCAAACUGAUAUAAGUGAAAUAGGAGAUCUAAAAGAGUUUAUCACAACAACAAGAACUUUGUUAAAGUUCACAAACUCUGUUUAUGAUGAUUUUACAAUGUAUAAAAGUGUCCUUAAAGCACAGUAUGAGGAAAAAAUACAUGAACAUGCUUCCAAUCUCUGGCAAGAAAUAAGUGACAGACUGAAGCACAUUGAAGACUUUUAUAAGCAGAAGGAAGCCAAAAUACGAUAUAGCUACCAGCAACAAUUAAGUGAUGCCCUUGCAAUUCUCAGAGCAAGCCAUACAAAAUACUUCCGUAGAGAGAGGGUAUUAGCUGUGGAGACUGAAGAAUCUGUAGCAGCAAAGAUAGAGAGACUAAGAAACAGAAUUGAAGAGCAGGCAGCAACAAUUGAAAAUUUAGAAGAAGAAUUGCAGGAGCAUAAAGAAAGAGAAAGCAGAAAGCUUCUUCAUGACAGAGACAUUGAAACUGAGUUGCUUCAGCAAGAAAAUUGGGAGUUAAAGGAACAAAUGGCUAGCCAGUUACAAAAAUUUACACGCCUUCAGGAGACUCUGAAACGCAGAGAGAAAGAACAUGCUGCUUUAGAGUCUGAAAUGAAACAUAUGCAGGAGAGAAAGGAAAGAAAUAUGAAGACAAUUGAAAAGCUAAUGAACACUCAAGAAAUACUCAAGUUAGAACUUGACAGGGAGAAGCAGAGAGUUUUAUCAAAAGCUCGGGAGGUGAAAGAAGCACAGGACAUGGUGGAAAAAUUAAAAGAAGCUGCUGCAGAAUAUGCUGAACCAAAGGUGGCAUCAUUUGAGGAAAUAAAACCAGGAAAGGGGAAAAAAGGACUGAAAGGGAAGGCAGCAAAAGAAGCUGCUGCCAAGGAGGCGGCCGCCAAAGAAGCUGCUGCCAAGGAGGUGGCUGCCAAAAAAGCAGCUGCCAAGGAGGCGGCUGCCAAACAAGGAGGCGAAUUGGGACAAGAUCAAAAGGAUCCUGAAGCUGAGAAGAAAGCAUUACUUAAUGAGAUAACAAAGCUUAAAAAGGCUGAACAAGAAGCAAAGGUGCAUGCACAGAGGCUUGAGCAGGACUUGCGUCAGUCAGGUCGCUCUUGGAAAAUGAAGUUUGAAAUCUUAAAAAGAAGCUUGCAUGUCCUUAAAAAUGAGAUGUUCCUUAGGCAGUCAUUGCGUAAGUCAACGAGAUUUAGACGAGCAUCAUUGGCUGAUAGGAUGACUCUUCCUCUGCAUACCCAGAGCCAGAACAUUAAACGCAAAAAUGAAUCAUUUUCAAGCAGUUUAUUUAUUCGAUAUUCACCGCUGGGAUUAUUUAAUGUUCAGCCUGACAUAAGUUCUCAGACUGCCUCAGAUGCAGAAGAAGAAGAUGCUGAUAUCACUAAAAUUCCAUUUACAAUUGAAAUUCCCAGUGCAUAUGAGAGUGAGUCUGCAGAUGAAGAAGAAGUUGAUGAAUUGCCUCAUCUGCCUUCACCCCUUCCUUCUGUACCCUGACAAUGGGGUAGGAACCACGCGUAGGGAAAGAGAGAGACAAAGCAAGAAUCCUCUGCAGCACCUAGUCU